GUUGAUGACGUGACCUCAUCAGCAUCGAUCAACAAUUGACCGGCGCCGCUGCUUGGCCCGCCAACAAUGGGGCUCGCAGUCCUCGACGCAGUGCCCUUCAAUGCCGAACCGAGCUCGUUGCCAGAUCUCACAGCACACUAUCUCACGCCCAAGUCACUUGUCUUCCAACGCAAUCACGGUCCGUUUGUCCUUCUAGACGAGAGCCAGUCUAUCCCCGUCACGAUUGAAUCCCACAUUUCUAAACGUAUAUCGCCAAGAUCACUGUUAUUGUCCGAGCUCAGGCAGAGAGAGCAAGUCAGCUCGACUGUCACGCUGCAAUGUGCUGGCAACAGACGGAAGGAGAUGUCGACUCAGAAGCACGAGACCGAAGGGCUGCAGUGGGGUUCGGGAACGAUUGCCAACUGUCUAUGGACCGGACCCCUCCUCGCGCCGAUUUUGCAAGAGAUGGGCAUCUCGCUCGAUCAGACAGUCGACGCAGAGGAACGGCAAAGGUGGGAGAACGCGCAUGUUGAGUUUGUGAGCGAUCAGGUCUGCCAAGAGGACGAGCGGUUCGCUUCGUCAAUACCUCUGAGCGAGAUCCUCAGCGGCGCUUGCCCCGUCAUGCUCGCCCUCAAGAUGAACAGUGAUGACCUGCCGCUCGAGCAUGGAGGUCCUCUGAGGAUCAUUGCACCCGGCUUGAUAGGUGCUCGAAGCGUCAAAUGGCUCUGCCGGAUCCACAUCAGAUCAAAAGAAUCGCAGAAUUUCUACAUGCAGUACGACUACAAGAAGCUACCGCCUUGCGCAGAUGCAGACACGAAGACAGACUGGAUGGAGAAGACGCCUGCACUUGCUCAUUUCAGUCUGCACAGCGUUAUCACUCAGCCUGAGCCGGGCUCGGGGGUCAAGAGCACAGUCAAAGUGCAGGGAUAUGCUACGAGUGGGACGGGCAAGCGCAUUGCGUCUGUUCAGAUCGCGAUUGUAACGCAAGAGGAGGGGGCUAGUGAGGAUGCUAUCAAGGACGAUGCGGAGAAGUCAGAUGAUUGGCAAGAAGCGACGCUCGUUCAAGAUGCCGGCUCGGACUCGCAGCAAUGGGGCUGGUGUCUCUUUUCUCUGGACGUCAACCUCGAAGCCCACAAAGCGCAAAGCAAGAUCGCCCUCAUUUCACGUGCAACACUCGUUGAUGGCACGAGACAAGUCAAAAAGGCCGAGUGGAAUCUGCGCGGGCUGGAGCAUUGCGACUGGUCAGUGGUCCGGAGCAUCAGCAUUGUAUGAUUGUGCAGUAGAUGCGUAAAUCCCAGUGUCGUUGUACUACCCGGCCUGUUGCAUUCUUCGGCCGGGAACGAGCGGGAGGCGGAA